CAACGGGAAAAUAACUUCAGCUUUGCUGGAAAAUGUCAUUCGCCUUGUAUGCAUUUUGUUUUUCUUUUGUAAUAAAUAUUAAUUGGCUUGCUAAAAACAAGUAAUGAUAAAAAAUUGGUUCAUCCUUUCAGACAAUUGUUCGUAUAGCUAAGCGUAAUGUAGAGUUAGAAAAUAAUAAUAAAUAGAGGAAAAAUUGGAUGUGUUAGAGAAAUGGCCGAAACGAGUACAAUGAACUCCGAUAAUAAAGUGGAGCAGAACGAGGAGAAACAAGACAUGGAGGUCAUUAAGACCGAGACGGAAGUGCAGGUGAAGCACGAGCAGUUGGAAUGUAUAACUUGUACGACUCGCAGCCACGACUGUGUAGAUAUUUACUCCUCGAGAACCGUCGCGUCCGGUGCCAAGCUCAGCACCUUCUUGCACAAGUACACGCAGAUUGACAUUUCCAGCCUGCCGGCCUGCUCCAAGUAUAUGUGUAAGACCUGUUAUGAUCUCAUCAACGUACUUGAGCAGGCCGAGUUAGAAUACUUCAAGUUAAAGGAAACAUUUGAAGCUAUCGUUAGCAAAAACCCAUUGUUCGAGACACACGGAGCCCAACCGAUUAAGUUGACCACGGUAAAAGCUGAGUUCGCAUGUGAUGACGAUGAUGAUGACUAUGUAUGCGACAAUCUGGAUGAAGAUGAUUCAGAUGAUGAACCACUGGCGACACAGAGCAAACGAAAGAGAUAUAAACUUGAAAAGAAAAAGAAGAAAAUGUCUUCAAACAAGCGCAAAAGUAAAGCUAACAGUGACAGCUGGAAAUGUGAUGAGUGUGGAAUGAAGGGUACUUCCAAUGGGGAUGUAGGGCUGGCAGCACACAAGUUGGCUGUACACACAUUGGAAGACACCGCUACUGUUCUUCCUGAGGUCAAGAUUGAAAACUCUGCUGAAGGAUCACAAAGUCCUCUAUAUAACAAUGGCUACGGGAACUGCCUCAAAAUGGAGAUGGAUAAUAGUGAUGACUAUAGUUUAGCCGUUGAGGACCUCAGCAAUGAUACGCAACCUGUCAAGAAGAAACCACUUGGCCGUCCAGUCAAGACAAAAAUGAAAACAGGACAAUCCAGAAAUAAAAAGGUUAAAGUUGUGCAUCAGUGUGACCAGUGUGAUGCUAAAUAUUCUUCAUUAGCUCGACUGGAGCAACACAAACAGAAGCACGACGGGUCGAAGCCCCCGUACAUCUGUGAGGUCUGCGGGGCACACUACAAGCACAAGCGGGCCUGCGACAUACACAUCGCAUUACAUAAAGGUAUCAGUGAUUGGAAAUGUGAAGAGUGCAAUAAGUUGUUCCCGUCCAAGAACGCGCUGCAGAGGCAUAACAAUAUACACACGGGCAAACUGAACUACCAGUGCGACCUGUGCGGCAAGUCGUUCAUCCACACGUCGUCGUUCAAGAUGCACAAGCUGUCGCACUCGGGGCUGAAGCCGCACGCGUGCGACGUGUGCGGGCUGGCCCUCAUGACGCGCUCGCACCUCAAGCGCCACAAGCGCGUGCACAGCGGGGAGAAGCGCCACGAGUGCCCCGUCUGCGGCAAGCGCUUCUCCGAGCGGUACAACCUCGCCGCCCACUCCAAGUCACACGACGCCGCCGGGGACCAGCCCGCGCUGCCGCGCCGCCAUCUCUUCCGCUGCCCCUACUGCCCCGAGAGGUUCGAACGACGGUACAUGUUGGAGCGCCACGCGUCGUGUGCCCACGGCCGUACACUGGAGCGUCCGCCGCCGACGCCGCGCAACACGAUGAGCAAACUGCUCAAGGCGCAGGCGCAGCGCGCCCUGCCGCACCACGCGCCCAGCGCACCCACACUCGCCAACGGACAGAAUGCCGACACGAAAGACGAUCGAAGUUCAGAUUCCCGGACCACACCCAUCACACCACAGAAACUUAUCGCACAAUUAUCAUCCUCUAGCUCAGUAGUGCAGGGCGCGUGGGGCAGCUCGUACGCAGCGGAGUUCCUGCGCCACGAGUACCCACACUGACGCCUGUCUCCCCCCACACACGUCACACACACACGUACAUCACGCUCACAUCACAUCUGUAUAGAAACAUUCAACAGGUGUCAUCAGAUACAUGAAACCCUCUUAGAGGCGGAUUGACCCUAUUGACGUCCCUUAGCAGUCACCUCAUAAGGACUUCUUCUUUAUUCUUUAGAGAUUCCUAUAUACAAUGAUAUCAUUUGAAAUAAAGUGCAAUAAAUAUUCUAGUAAAACCAAUAAUUUGGAAAAAUAUCUACAAAUAACAAGAACUGUUGCUUUCAGGAGUCAUUGCUUUUAUCUGGACUAUUUUUACAGUUGCACAGAUAAUUAAUCAAACAUUGUGUAAAUGAUGACUGAUAGAAUCUCCUAGGUAAUGACUAAUGACUAUUAUGAACAAUAUUGACAUAACUAGAACAAAUGAAAUAAUUAAAGAAUCUUCCAUUUAACUCAAGUCUUGCAUUAAAUGAAUAAUAUCCAAAUGUAAAUACUUAGUAUAGUCAACCUAAACACAAUUAGACUAGAGAAAUAUUAUUUACUUUAAGAUAUUAUAUUGUAAAAAUAUUAUACAUAUACUGUUAAAGUAGGUAUACUGUACAAUAAUGUUAUAAAAAUAUUUUUAUACUAAACACAACACACCCCUGGAUUAGUUUCGUAUAAGCAAAAAAUUGUAUUGUCAUUUGAUUUACUUUAUUAACUAAGCAUUUGUAUUAUAUUUAAUGAAUAUACUUACUUACAGUUAAUUG